AUGGUGGGAGCUCCAGACCAAAGGCAGCAGGCUCGAGACCUCAGCAGAGAUCCUGUUGGUGGGGCCUGCUGGUCAGGCUGUCUAUUGCCUUUGUGGUUGAUGUCCAACAUGAGCGCCAACGCCAGCGACCUUUGGCAGAAGGUCUUAUAUGAGCGACAGCCUUUCCCUGAUAACUACGUGGACCGGAGGUUCCUGGAAGAGCUCCGGAAAAAUAUCUAUGCCCGGAAAUACCAAUACUGGGCUGUGGUAUUUGAGACCAGUGUUGUUGAACAGCAGCUCUGCAGUGUCUGUGUUUUUGUGGUUAUUUGGUGGUAUAUGGAUGAGGGUGUUCUAGCACCUCGCUGGCUUUUUGGGACUGGCCUGGCUUCUUCAUUGAUUGGGUACGUUUUGUUCGAUCUCAUUGAUGGAGGUGAAGGGCGGAAGAAGAGUGGGCGGACCCGGUGGGCUGACCUGAAGAGUGCUCUGGUUUUCAUUACUUCCACUUACGAUUUUUCACCAGUGCUAAAGACCCUUACAGAAUCUGUCAGCGCUGACACCAUCUAUGCCAUGUCCGUUUUCAUGCUCUUAGGCCACCUAAUGUUCUUUGAUUAUGGUGCCGAUGCUGCCAUUGUGUCCAGCACACUGUCCUUGAACAUGGCCAUCUUCGCUUCUGUCUGCCUAGCCUCACGCCUUCCCCGGUCCCUGCAUGCCUUCAUCAUGGUAACAUUUGCCAUCCAGAUUUUUGCCCUGGGGCCCAUGUUGCAGAAGAAACUGAAGGCAUGUAUUCCCCGCAGUAAUGUGGGGGUCACACUGCUUUUUGCAUUUUCAGCCUUGGGAGGCCUGCUGUCCAUUAGUGUUGUGGGAGCCGUACUCUUUGCCCUUCUGCUGAUUUCCAUCUCAUGUCUCUGCCCUUUCUACCUCAUUCGCCUGCAGCUUUUUAAGAAAAAUAUUCAUGGGCCUUGGGAUGAAGUUGAAAUCAAAGAAGACUUGUCCAGGUUCCUCAGCUAACUCGGGGACCAUAUUGUUAAAGCAAGCUAACAGACUAGCCUUCUAACAAAUACAAAAUUUGAAGGAAAAAUGCCAUCCUGGAAGCAGCAGGCUGAUGUAAGAGAACAGAGGUCAAAAGAAAAACAGAAGCAAAAGCGUGGUGGUGAGAGUACUUGUCCUCUGUGU